AUGUCAGACCAAGAUGCAUCAAAGGAUCCAUCACAAAAGGCCAGAGAACGAGCCAGCCAAGUCUCCGAACAUCUAUCAUCAUCAUCAUCAUCACAAAGUAACGAUAUAUCACAAGCCAACACCAGCCGCCGUCGUCGCCGCAAAGGCAAAAAGGAAGAUGAGCUACCAGCAGACUACAGCGACAUUCUGGGCCACCUCUCCAAACUGCGUGAACUAGCCGACACCCCCAAUCCCUCUCGCAGAGGCUACGUUCGCCAAAAGCAAGACGGCAAACUGUGGGUUCGAGAAAGAAUCCAUGCUCUCCUCGACAAAGACUCUUUUGAAGAAAUCGGCUACGCAACCGGCCACGUCAAAUGGAAAUCUCUAGGCGGUGAACGCGAAGAACCGGAAUCUUUCACACCUCAUAAUAAUGUCCAAGGUUAUGGCAAAUUGAACGGAAGGAGAAUCGUCUUUACCGCUGAUGACUUCUCCAUUCGAGCUGGUCAUCAAGAUGGACAUCUCAUGGCCAAAACUCUGCAUACGGAGAAACUGGCUUUGCAAUUCAAGUUGCCCAUGAUUAAAUUGACUGAUGGGAGUAGUGGAGGUGGCAGUGUGACGAGCAUCCAGAAGAUGGGCUUCUCAUAUAUUCCUCCCAUGCAAGGUUUUGAUCUUGUGCAGAAGCAACUCAAUAUGGGAAUCCCGAACUUGGGAGCUGUCCUUGGGCCUGCGAUUGGGCUGGGUGCUGCGAGGGUGGUGAGUUGCCAUUUCAGUGUGAUGGCUGGUGAUGUUGGCUCUCUGUUCAAUGCUGGGCCUUCAGUGGUCAAGAAUGCUACGUUUGAGGAAGGGCUGAGUUUCACGGAUUUGGGCGGCCCACAGAUGCAUUGUACAAACGGGACAAUUGACAACUUGGCCGCGACUGAGGAGGAAUGCUUUGAGCAGAUCAGGACUGUUUUGGGGUAUUUGCCAAAUUGUGGGAUACAGCUACCGCCUGUGGUGGAGUGUUCGGAUCCUGUCGAGCGGGAGAAUGUCGAGUUGCGGAGUGUGGUGCCGAGGAAGAGGGAGAGGAUGUACGACCCAAGAAAGGUCAUCGCCACUGUAGUCGAUGCUGGCUCUUGGUUCGAGAUUGGUUCUCUAUGGGGAAAGACCGCAAUCAUUGGACUCGCCAGGCUGGGAGGGCGUCCUGUAGGUAUCUUCUCCAACAAUCCGGAGGUGCUGGCCGGAGCACUCGAUGCCGCGGGAAGUCAGAAGAUCAUCCGCCAUCUCAAGUUCUGCGAUGUGUUUAACCUGCCUCUGCUCCAGUUCGUGGACGCUCCUGGGUAUGCUGUGGGCACAGUUGCUGAGCGCACAGCAACCAUGAGAUGGGGCGUCGAGCUGACCAAAGCAUACUACACCACGACCAUGCCCAUCUUUAGCGUUAUCGUGCGCAAGACGUACGGUGUUGCUGGAGGUGUCAUCGUUGACUGCCGUGAUCCGCACAAUCGUGUCGCCUGGCCGAGUGGUGAAUGGGGCUCAUUGCCGUUGGAUGGUGGUAUAGAAGUUGGUCAUAGCCACGAGUUGCGGCAGAUCGAGAAGGAGAAGGGAGUCGAGGCGAGGAACUCGCGGUAUCAGGAGCUGGAGACAAACUAUAGAAGACUGAUGAAUCCUGUGCGGACUGCGAACCACUUCGGAAUUGAGGAGAUCAUUGAUCCUGCGAGGACGAGAAAGGUCGUGGCCGAUUGGCUGCAGCUGGUAUAUGAGACGGAGUUGCCGGAAAGAGUCCUGCAGAGAGUGUGUGGGAAGCUCCAGCCAUUGUACGCCUGAACAGCAGAGGCAUGGUAGUGAUCGGUCUCUUGCUGGUAUUACUAUCACUCGCGAAGUCAUCUGUGGUGUGCGCGUGCAUGUGAUUGCGUGGAGGAGUGUGCUUCCAGGCAACAGUGGUCACUCAUUCACUCGCUAGCGCCAAGCCUUGCGCGAGAGGUGUGGGCACCAAGUUUUCCAAUCUUCUUUCAACAACUCCCUCUGCAAGACACACUCUUCGCGGGCAAGACCAAAACACCGAAAGCUGUGGGACCGCAAGAGUAUCUGCGAGACAGAAGAAAUCGACGAGCAUCUACCAAAACUGCGGCGCAAGCAGCCAUGCCUAUUACAAGGGCUGGCACCGCGGCGACUGUCGACAAAACAGAAAAUCUGCAGGCUCGCGCGCACCCAAAUGACCUGGAAUCAAAUCCAGGUCGAGGACGACAGCGAGGACGAGGCCGAGUGCGUGGCGGAAACAAAGGCAGAGGCGGAGGUGGCACCAAGCGCCAGAAUUCUCCAUCUCCUGUGCAGCCAGCACAGAAGAGACAGUGCAAGGACAACGCGCCAGCCAUGGUGCCUGGAGUGCACAAAUCCAGCGACGACGGAGGUCUCGCUCUUGGAGGCCAUGAAGCCCAGGCUGGCAAGCAGGAGAACGCGGCAGUCCCGAACAGUGGAGGAAGUGACCAGCGGUCCGAAGGCUCGGAGUUGGUCAUGCUGCCGCUCAAAUCCACCGCUGCGCAACGAGCAAAGGCGCUGAAAAAUGCGCAAGAUAGGCACACAGCUCGUCAAGCCAUCGUCAACUGCGCGAGAAACCUCCCUGCCAUUUUCGAAGAAGACAACGAGGACGGUGGCAUCGAAGUCAACGGCGGUGGAAAUAGCAUCCACGAGUCCGAGCGCGGAGAUGUGAGGCCAGCGCAGCAAAACCAAGACGACGCGCUUCUCUCGGUGGCGUCAGAUUCCCAGAAGGAAAAGCAAGAGCCCUCUCCAUCAGUUGGCCGAACUGCGAAAUGGGUUCAUUCAGGUCUCCAGAGAACAAGAGCUUCGAUCGAAGCUGAGAUGAGCCGCAUUCGAGCUACGAGCACCUUCAUCAUGGAGCAGGAAAAGAAGUUGGAUGAGCUUACUGCCCAGUUGGAGGAUCUUGGGACUCUUGUCGUUGAAACCAUUGAAUAGGCAAGAGAACUUGAAACAGAGGAGGGGGUUGCAUGGUGCGAAAAGACUGUUUCCAGCUUUUCGCAGCUGUAAUAAAAGACCGCACUAGGUAACAGAGGCAAGGCAGACAUAAUUGAAACGAGUGAAGCCUCAAUUUUCCAGCGACUCUCUACCCGCCUUUAAGUAGCCACUCCAAUUCGAACAAAC